AUGAUUACACUUCAACAAUUCACUAUUUUAUUUCAAUUGAUAUUGUUUUUUUAUGAAUAUAUCGUAUGGCAAGUUGAUAUCGAUAAUUUCACCACUCAUGAUCAUCAUGCUAAAUUAUUUGGUCGUAAUGAAUAUUUUUUUAUUGUUCAAUGUAAUUCAAUUCCCCAUUUAUUUGCUGCCUAUUCGUAUUAUCAUCAAAUUAAUUGGGCCAUGUUUCUUUACAUACCCUAUUUGUUAUUAUUUACCUUAGGUCAACUAUUUACAUGGUGGAUUCCAUAUUUCUUUCAAAUUGGCUUAUGGCAUAUGAAUGACGGUGAGAAAUUGGAUGAUUAUAAUAAGUAUCAUGCGCAUCAUCAUCGAAUAUUGCCAAAAUUUCGCGAUCAUCCAGUUAUACCAGACACAGAACAUACAAUAUUGGGUUUAUUAACACUAAGUACAAUUUUUUUUACGUUUAUGACAUGGAGCAGAAAAAUAUAUAGAACGAGUUUAAAGAAGAAAGUAUAA